AUGAGUGCUACUAUGAAUGCAACUCCUGUCUCUACCAUGCCGCACGCAGUAACUGAUGCGCCAAAAGGCCAUUUGCCGCGCAUGGCGCGCUCGCAUCCUGCCAUUUGGACGUCACUUCGUGCACAAGCUCCAUCGGCCAUUGCAUCUCUUGGUGCGCGUGUUCAUCUUCUCCCAAUGUCAAUCUCGGAGGAUGAUCGCCGCCGCCGCAUGGGGCUCGUCCGCGUGGCUUGCACGCAUCCCAGCCUUCUGUCUGUUCAGACGAUGGCUCGAGAACUUGCUCUGUCCCACUCCGAACGAGCGGAGGUUCCUGAAUUGAGUGAGGACAUUAUGCACAAUGCUCAGUUGUCCACGCUCGGUAAUGCCCUACUUGGUCUCUUGGCUUCGGAAUAUUUUCAUCUCAAAUUCCCCCACCUACCCACCCGUGUACUCAAGGCAUUUGUGAGUGCCUAUGUGGGACCGAGCACACUGGCUAAUGUCGGUGCGGAACUCGGUGUGCUUAGCCAGGGUGUUCAGCGCUGGGACCGCACGGGCGCCUCGGUCGUUACCCGGUCUUUAGCACAUGGCGGUACUGCCUCCGCGCCGCUUCUUAGCAAAGACGUGGCCGCGCAGUCGAUGCGCGCCCUUGUUGCUGUUAUGUUCCAAGAGCUGGGCAUGGCUGCGACGCGUGGUUUUGUGCACGGCCAGAUACUCAGCCGACGCCUGGACCUUGCCAACCUGCUCAAGUUCCGCGACCCGAAACGGGUUCUCUCGUCCACUUGCAAAAAAUACGGCAAGCCUGCGCCGCAAAGCCGCUUGCUGGCGGAGACGGGUCGUUUGAGCAUCAAUCCUGUUUUCGUGGUGGGUGCUUUUUGCGGUACUAUCAAGCUGGGCGAGGGCACUGGCAGCAGUAUCCGCAUGGCCGAGUACCGUGCUGCGGAGGACGCUCUGCGCCGAUUGUACCUCUCCGAAUUGCCCGAUGGCUCGUUUGUCCUGCCAUCAACCACCCUUGAUGCGAGUCGUGCGGGUCACGGCCCGAUGCCUCACUCGCUCCAAAAUGCCGCGGCGCGCCUCAUGUCGACACAAUUUGAAGCGCAACCGCUCGGCCGCAGCGAAGUGCUGCACGAGUCGCGCGGCUAA